CAAGCACAACACAACAUAACAACCACUGAACUCAAGUUUUUCUUGAUUAGUGGCAAAUGAGAAUGGAAUUUCCCACUCUUAAACUUUUCUUCUUCAUCUUCUUACUCCUCACAUCAACCCAUGCAAGAUCCGCACCCCCAACCACAAACCUAUUCCGAGAAUACAUUGGAGCUGAGUUCAACAACGUUAAAUUCUCCGAUGUCCCUAUCAACCCAAGUGUUCAAUUCCACUUCAUUCUCUCCUUCGCUAUCGACUACGACACGUCAUCAUCCUCCUCUCCCACCAACGGAAACUUCAAUAUCUUUUGGGACACCGGCAACCUAAGCCCCACCCAAGUUUCCGCCAUCAAAACCAAACACCCAAACGUCAAAGUUGCCCUAAGUCUCGGAGGAGAUAGCGUUGCAAAUGGCUACGCUUACUUCAACCCCUCUUCAAUCGAUUCAUGGGUUUCCAACGCGGUUUCUUCACUCACAAGCAUCAUCAAACAGUACAACCUAGACGGAAUCGACAUCGACUACGAGCAUUUCAAGACGGACCCCGAAACCUUUUCUGAGUGCGUGGGGAGGCUAAUCAAAACCCUAAAAUCCAAUGGGGUCAUCAAAUUUGCCUCCAUUGCUCCAUUUGACGAUGAACAAGUUCAGAGCCACUACUUGGCUUUGUGGAAGAGUUAUGGGAACCUUAUAGAUUAUGUUAACUUCCAGUUUUAUGCAUAUGACAAGGGCACAAGCGUGGCACAAUUUAUCGAUUAUUUCAACACACAGAGUUCGAAGUAUAACGGUGGGAAGGUGUUGGUGAGUUUCAUCAGUGAUGGGAGUGGUGGGCUGGCACCAAAUGAUGGGUUCUUCACGGCAUGUCAUACCCUAAAGAGUGAGCAAAAACUUCAUGGCAUAUUUGUGUGGAGUGCUGAUGAUUCCAUGAAAAGCGGUUUCCCAUAUGAGAAGCAAUCACAAGCCCUUUUAGCUAUACCCUAGUAAAUUAAAUUAAAAUGAUAUACUGAAGAAAUUUUAUUAUAUGAACUUGGUACUCUUGAGAUCGACUCGAUAUGUACGUGGAUAUAUGCAUGUAUGAUAUAUAUAUCUUAAACUUAUUCAAUUAUUAUGCGUACU